AUGUGGGGUUCUGACCUGAUAGACCUUCCCGAGCCCGUGGUGAUGCCAGAGGCCGACGAGUGCGUCCCUCACUCGCAGCACCACUCGAACUCGUUCAUGGCCCAGGACAGCCGGCUUGACGGCAAGAUGGGAAGAAUAUCCGACAAGAGGGACCUUGGUCCGCCCAUACCCACUGGGCUUGCCGCAACCUGUCGUCGCAAACGUUUCAUCGUGCCGCUGGCCGUCUUUGUCACGCUUUUAGCCAUCGGUGGCGUUCUUGGAGGCGUCCUAGGGACCAUGGUAUCGACGGGUGAAUCUGAUUCCACAGACCAGGCCAGUGCCGUGAGCAGCCGAAACAACACAUCGUCCAUCUUGCCAUCUUCCAGAGUAGCACUCUCCAUGGUGGGUAGCUCCAUAUCGAGCAUUCGCACCAUCCUGCUCCAGAAUACCGACGGUGACCUUGUCUCUCUAGAGUGGCAGGGCGCCAGCAGCACCGCACGUCUCGUCACUGGCAGCUCCGCCAGAGCGGAGCCUGUAAAACCCUUGAACGGAUCGCCCCUCGCCGCCGUCACGCACGGUGCCCAGGGGGAUCUUCACUUGUUCUACAUCGAUGACACCCUCCGCUUUGCCCACGCCAUCCGUCGCGCCAACGCAAGCGAUGACGAACGUUGGGGGGUUGGGCCACUAUCGACCUUGGCAGGCCAGAAAAAGGUCCAGUCUCGUCCGUCAGAUAAAAUGCGUCGGCUUUCCGUUGCCAUUGUGACGAUGAAUUCCACAACAUCGGAACCCGAGGACUACAUCGUCGUCAUGUUUCAAGUGAAUCCCGGGACAGACAUAUUCUGUCUACUUUCGAGCUCGGACCCCGACAAUACGGACAGCUGGGUAGUCACGUCGUUCUCCCUGGGGACCGAAAGGAAGGGGGUCACAAUGCAUCCAGACUCACCAGGUUUUGUUCUUGUCCCCAUCACGAGAACAUUUGGCUCCCAGAGCGAGACUUUUCCGGGCCUACGCAUGUUUUGGGAUCUUUCCGAUGACCAGUACAAGACAACUCUUGGCGCCUUUGAGUGCACCUUUACCGACACUCAAACAUUGGAUCAGUGUCAGCUGGUUGCAACCGAGUGGGGAGAUGUAGAAGGGGAGCAAAUCGUCCUAGACACCCCAAAGCCUCUCUUCUUGUCGGUUGUUCCAUUGGGGACGAGCAGCUCCUCGAUCGAGUUUGGCGACUAUAUCUUCCGGGUGCUCGACAGUGGCGGGCGGUUGGUCGAACUGCACGGUAACAGUUCUGAAUGGACAGGUCAUAAUGCGUUCGCCGUGGUUGAUGAUGGCCUUCCCGAGGGAAUCGAGGAGAAUUUCACGGCCGUGGCAUCAGCUGACGAUGGGCUGCUCUAUGCCGUGUCUGAGGGAAAGCUACUAGAGUUUGCACGUAGAGGGGAAUGGUGGGAGAGCGACGGUGAUGAUGACGACCAGACCGGAUGGAGGUUUCUCAGCAUUGUCGACACGGACUUGUCAGACUCUUAG